AUGGAUCUCGCUCAGAACUUUGAGAAUGGAAGCCUCGGAGAGGCUAUAAAAUGCAUUGAAAUGCAUACUACGGGUGAACCGACGCGUAUCAUUUACUCGGGGUUCCCCUGUCUCCAAGGCACUCUUUUAGAACAGCGUGACGAAGCAAUGAAUCAAUAUGACCACAUUCGGAAACGCAUUAUGUUGGAGCCGCGGGGACACUACGACAUGUAUGGUGCCAUCCUUACCCCCGAGACCGAGUUGGUUCGGCAAGGACUGGCACAUAUCGGAACUCUGUUCACUCACAAUGGCGGCUUUUCUACCAUGUGUGGUCAUGCCACGAUUGCUUUGGGCAGGUUCUUGGUGGACACGCAUGACUUGAAAGUGUUCCCUAAACGCAAUGAACUCCGAUUCAACCCGGAAACGUGCGAAGUGGCCGUCAAUAUCCAUGCUCCUUGUGGGUUGGUCCGCGUGACUGUGCCAACCAGUUCGGAUGGUCAAAAAUCUGAUCCGUCUCGCCCUGUAUCAUUCCUCUCUACGCCAGCAUUCGCUGCAGGAAUCAAUCUCGAAAUUCCAAUUCCCAAGGAGGUUCGGUGGCCUGAAUUGGGCCCUCGUGAAUCUAUCACGCUGGAUAUAUCUUACGGUGGAGCAUACUAUGCCCUCGUAGAUGUCCGAGAACUCGGAUUUACUGGCCUCAAGAAGAUUGAUCUGGGUGCUAUUUCAAAUGCCGCUAGCAGGCUGAAGACUUAUCUGAUGACUCACCCGCUAGUCACUUCAGCCUUGCAGCACCCGGAGGAUAGCCGAUUGUCCUUCCUUUAUUCUGUCAUGGUCGUUGAUCGGGAAGUGGGAUCACGGCCGGAGGGAGUCGAUGGUGUGGAGACGGGUCUUUGUUUCUUUGCAGAUGAUGAGAUCGAUCGAUCCCCAACUGGAUCUUGCGUGACGGCGCGUAUGGCACUCGCUCAUGCGAAGAAUCUGAGGUCUAUUGGGCAGAAGUGGGCGUACAAUUCUAUUGUCUCGAACCACUUCGGAACUGGAGCCUUUGUUGCCUCAAUUGUGGAUGACAGUGUUCGUGUGGGCGACAGCAAAGAGGCGGUCAUAGUUCGUGUCGAAGGCAAGGCAUACUAUACUGGAACAUCGAAUUUUAUUCUUGAGGAAGACGAUCUCACUGGUGAAAGUGGGUUUACCCUUAAGCAAUGUGUGCAAUAG